GCGGCCAGAGCCACCGGCAGCGGCAGCCGGGCGGGCGGCGGGCGCUUCCUGGAGCGGGCUCCACCGCCGCAGCCUCCGCGGGAGCGGGCUGCCUCUGAAGAAAGGAGAAUGGCGUUCAGCAAAGGAUUUCGGAUCUAUCACAAAUUGGAUCCCCCACCUUUCAGCCUCAUAGUGGAAACUAGGCAGAAGGAAGAAUGCCUCAUGUUCGAGUCUGGGGCCGUGGCCGUGCUGUCAUCUGCAGAAAAAGAGGCAAUCAAGAGUACAUACUCCAAAGUCCUGGAUGCAUAUGGACUCUUAGGUGUUUUGCGGUUAAAUCUUGGUGACACCAUGUUACAUUAUCUGGUCCUUGUCACUGGAUGUAUGUCUGUUGGAAAAAUUCAAGAAUCUGAAGUUUUCCGAGUUACUUCUACCGAGUUUAUAUCACUUCGAGUUGAUGCUUCAGAUGAGGAUCGAAUUUCUGAAGUUCGAAAGGUUUUGAAUUCAGGAAACUUUUAUUUUGCAUGGUCUGCAUCUGGAGCCAGUUUAGAUCUGAGUCUCAAUGCCCAUCGUAGCAUGCAAGAGCACACCACUGACAAUAGGUUUUUCUGGAAUCAGUCCUUGCAUUUGCAUCUCAAGCACUAUGGUGUGAAUUGUGACGACUGGUUAUUACGCCUCAUGUGUGGGGGUGUGGAAAUCAGGACAAUUUAUGCUGCUCAUAAACAGGCAAAGGCUUGUCUCAUUUCAAGGCUAAGCUGUGAACGAGCUGGGACAAGGUUCAAUGUCCGGGGAACAAAUGAUGAUGGUCAUGUCGCCAACUUUGUUGAAACAGAACAGGUUGUGUACUUAGAUGACUCUGUUACUUCCUUCAUACAAAUCCGAGGAUCUGUUCCAUUGUUCUGGGAGCAACCAGGGUUGCAAGUGGGGUCCCAUCGUGUCCGUAUGUCAAGGGGGUUUGAAGCCAAUGCACCUGCGUUUGACAGGCAUUUUAGAACACUUAAGAAUUUGUACGGUAAACAAAUAAUAGUAAAUUUGCUUGGAUCUAAGGAAGGCGAACAUAUGCUAAGUAAGGCUUUCCAAAGUCAUUUGAAAGCUUCCGAACAUGCUGCAGAUAUCCUCAUGGUGAAUUUUGACUAUCAUCAAAUGGUUAAAGGAGGAAAAGCAGAAAAAUUACAUAGUAUUCUUAAACCUCAAGUCCAGAAGUUUCUAGAUUAUGGAUUUUUUUAUUUCAAUGGAAGUGAAGUUCAAAGGUGCCAGAGUGGUACAGUUCGAACAAACUGCUUGGAUUGUCUUGAUAGAACAAAUAGUGUGCAGGCAUUCCUUGGCUUAGAGAUGCUAGCUAAACAGUUGGAGGCUCUUGGCUUGGCUGAAAAGCCUCAGUUGGUGACUCGCUUUCAAGAAGUUUUUCGGUCCAUGUGGUCUGUGAACGGCGAUUCAAUCAGUAAGAUAUAUGCCGGCACUGGAGCUCUUGAAGGGAAGGCUAAGGGUGGAAAGUUAAAAGAUGGUGCUCGUUCAGUCACCAGGACAAUUCAGAAUAACUUCUUUGACAGCUCCAAGCAAGAGGCCAUUGAUGUCCUGCUCCUGGGAAACACUCUCAAUAGUGAUUUAGCUGACAAAGCUCGAGCACUUUUAACUACUGGGAGUUUACGUGUUUCUGAACAGACAUUACAGUCAGCCUCUUCAAAAGUACUAAAGAGCAUGUGUGAGAAUUUCUACAAGUAUUCAAAGCCAAAGAAGAUUCGAGUGUGUGUUGGGACCUGGAACGUGAAUGGUGGGAAGCAGUUUCGCAGCAUUGCUUUUAAGAACCAGACACUCACUGACUGGCUUCUUGAUGCACCCAAGUUAGCCGGCAUCCAGGAGUUUCAAGAUAAAAGAAGUAAGCCAACUGAUAUAUUUGCAAUUGGUUUUGAAGAAAUGGUAGAGUUGAAUGCUGGAAACAUUGUGAAUGCAAGCACAACAAAUCAGAAGCUGUGGGCUGUGGAGCUUCAGAAGACAAUCUCGAGAGACAACAAGUACGUGCUGCUGGCUUCCGAGCAGUUGGUGGGCGUCUGUCUGUUUGUUUUUAUCAGGCCGCAGCAUGCUCCGUUCAUCAGGGAUGUGGCGGUUGAUACUGUGAAGACUGGGAUGGGAGGUGCGACUGGAAAUAAGGGAGCAGUUGCCAUCCGAAUGCUCUUCCACACCACCAGCCUCUGCUUCGUCUGUAGCCACUUUGCUGCAGGACAGUCACAAGUCAAAGAAAGAAAUGAAGAUUUCAUAGAAAUAGCACGAAAAUUGAGCUUUCCCAUGGGUAGGUUGUUGUUUUCCCAUGACUAUGUGUUUUGGUGCGGUGACUUCAACUAUCGAAUCGAUCUCCCUAAUGAAGAAGUUAAAGAGCUCAUAAGGCAGCAAAAUUGGGAUUCCCUUAUAGCAGGAGAUCAACUUAUCAAUCAGAAGAACGCUGGACAGAUUUUUAGAGGAUUUCUAGAGGGAAAAGUUACUUUUGCUCCAACCUAUAAAUAUGACUUGUUUUCUGAUGACUAUGACACCAGUGAGAAGUGUCGCACCCCUGCAUGGACUGACCGUGUCCUCUGGAGAAGGAGAAAGUGGCCUUUUGAUAGAUCAGCUGAAGACUUAGAUCUUCUAAAUGCUAGCUUUCAAGAUGAAAGCAAGAUCCUCUACACAUGGACUCCUGGCAUUUUGCUGCACUAUGGAAGAGCUGAGCUGAAGACUUCUGACCAUAGGCCUGUCGUUGCCCUGAUUGAUAUUGAUAUAUUUGAAGUUGAAGCUGAAGAGAGGCAGAACAUUUACAAAGAAGUGAUUGCAGUUCAGGGUCCCCCAGAUGGUACAGUGUUGGUCUCAAUCAAAAGUUCUUCACAAGAAAAUAACUUCUUUGAUGAUGGCUUGAUUGAUGAGCUUCUGCAGCAGUUUGCAAAUUUUGGUGAAGUUAUACUCAUAAGAUUUGUGGAAGAUAAAAUGUGGGUUACAUUUUUGGAAGGAAGCUCUGCCUUGAGUGUUCUGAGCCUAAAUGGUAAAGAGCUAUUGAAUCGAACUGUAACUAUCACUUUAAAAAGUCCAGACUGGAUCAAAAAUUUGGAAGAAGAAAUGAGUUUAGAGAAAAUCAGUGUCACGUUGCCUUCAUCAACAAGCUCUACCCUGCUUGGUGAAGAUGCUGAGGUUGCAGCAGAUUUUGACAUGGAAGGUGAUGUCGAUGAUUACAGUGUCGAAGUGGAGGAACUUCUUCCUCAGCAUCUGCAGCCGUCCUCAAGUUCUGGCCUCGGCACUUCCCCAAGCUCUUCACCCCGGACAAGUCCCUGCCAGUCACCUACAAUAGCAGAGGCUCCUGUACCUUCCCUUCCCAUCAGACCAAGUCGAGCUCCAUCGAGAACCCCAGGGCCUCCAAGUUCACAGAGUUCUCCUGUUGACGCUCAGCCAGCAGCCCAGCCCCAGCAUAAGGAGCCUUCCCAGACCUUGGAGCCCAAGCGGCCACCCCCACCCCGGCCGGUGGCUCCUCCCACGCGCCCCGCGCCCCCGCAGAGACCACCUCCGCCUUCGGGGGCUAGGAGUCCUGCACCUGCUAGAAAGGAAUUUGGAGGUAUUGGAGCCCCUCCCAGCCCUGGGGUAGCUAGGAGAGAGAUGGAAGCACCCAAAAGCCCUGGAACAACACGGAAAGAAAAUAUAGGACGCAAUCAGCCUUCACCUCAAGCAGGAUUUGCAGGCCCAGGUCCUGCUGGACCCAGUAUGGCCAGACCGACAAUUCCACCCCGGGCUGGAGUUAUCAGCGCCCCACAGAGCCAUGCUCGGGCAUCUGCUGGAAGACUGACUCCAGAAAGCCAAAGCAAGCCAUCAGAGAUGUCAAAAGGCUCAGCUCUCCUUCCAGAACCACUGAAGCCUCAGGCUGCUUUUCCUGUGCCGCCGUCUCUGCCCCCUCCGGCUCAGAAGUUACAAGAGCCUCUUGUCCCCGUGGCAGCACCUACGCCGCAGCCCGGCCCCCAGCCAAAUUUGGAAGCCCCGCCUCAGCCCCCGCCUCGGAGCAGGUCCUCCCAGAGCUUGCCUUCAGAAUCUUCGCCGCCCCUGCAAGUAAAAAUAAAUGGAGUCGCAAGUGUCAAACAAGAAUUGCUAUCAAAGAGUGACCCAUUUGAAGACCUGUCAUUUAAUCUGCUUGCUGUAUCAAAGGCUCAGCUAUCUGUUCAGACAUCACCUGUUCUAGCCCCAGACCCAAAGAGGUUGGUUCAGUUGCCUUCUGCAACACAAAGUGAUGCUAAUACUGUGAGUUCUGUAAGCUGCAUGCCAACCAUGCCUCCAGUUCCAGCCCGGAGUAAAUCCCAGGAAAAUAUGGAAAGUUCUCCAAACCCGUUUAUUACCAGCUUGACCAGCACAAAUCCCUUCACUGACAGGACUGCUGUUCCUGGAAACCCGUUUAGAGCCCAGUCUCAAGAAUCAGAGCCCACUUCAUGGCUCUCCAAAGCAGAGCCUGUUACGAACAGUCCUUUCCCUUCCCUGAUGCCUCUCGGUCAGAACACAAGCAAGCCUUUGUCUUCACGCGAUUGUUUUAAGGACAGUUUCAAUCUGCAGGGCCAGUCUACAGUGAAAACAAGCAAUCCGAAAGGAUGGGUGACCUUCGAGGAAGAAGAGGACUUUGGUGUAAAAGGGAAGUCAAAGUCAGUUUGCCCAGACUCACUGGGUAAUCAGCCAAGUGCAUUUGAAGAUGACUGGAGCAAAAGUACACCUGUGUCUUGUGUGUUGCCGUCCCGAAGACCACCUCCCCCUCCUGUGCCCCUGCCCCCGCCCAGCACCAGCACCAGCCCUGCCACUGGCCCCUUCGGCACCUCAGCAUCUAAGGCACCCCCCACGCAGGACUUCACAGAAAGAUGAUGCAAUACUACGGAAAGGGGAGAAGGGUUGUUUGUUUGUUAGUUUUGGCAGGGUAGAGCCAAAAGAAUUGGGCAUUAGUUAUUCAUUACGUGCAAUAAGUAAUUGUUAAGUGCACUGAUAUCUUCAUAAGAUACCACUAUUGAUGUGAAUAGAGUUGGAAUAUGUGUAUAUUAGAAAUAAGGAAAAAUCCUUCUGAAUAUUAACUGGAGUUUUGGUGUGUUUCUCUUCAGACAAGUAGGAGACAAUAGUAGCCAUAAAAAGUGCUUAAAACUACCGUAGAAAGUAGUCCUCGUUCAGAAAUUCCUUGUCCGUCUCUGAAGAAUCUUGGAAAGCCCACACAACUUUUAGCUGACAUUGCUGCAAGCUCUUGCGCACCGUUACAGUUGGUAUUUGUAUUUACCAAAGAGCUGCCGAAGUUACAGUGACAGUUUUGAAAGGCAUUGCUUUAACAAAAAUGUUACAUACGUGUGUGUGUACAUAUGUGUCAUUAUCUAUGCACAGAUACACAUACUUGUGCAUACUGACAAAACUCUUAAAUUCUGAGGAUGUAACUCAGACCAGACUUUUUACCUACAAGUUCUAACAAAGACCUUUCUCAAUCUCAUUACCAAAAAGAUGGCUACCUGUGUAAUUUGAAAUAUUUCAUUAAUUUUAUUUCUGAAACUAAUAGAUCUCUCUAGAGAAGCAGAAUUUUCCACUAUUCUGCACCUCAGCCCUUUAAAUACACACAUCCUUGUUUCUUUCCACUCCAGGGCCUCCAUAUGCUUUCCCCUGGGAGGAGGUUCUUGCAGCUGGCAGCAGCAUAUUUUGUGGUCACUGUCAUGUAGACGUUUACUCCAGUCCCCUUGAAAAAGUGCUGUGGCCUUAUAUGUAGGGAAGGCCCGUACCACCGAGCUCGCUGACAAAUGUUAGAGCUGAACAUACUCUCUUCCUUCUGCCCACUUAAGGACUGUGUUAGCCAUUUCCUUCCCAUGCUUUUCUAUUUGCUGCGUUUGCUCUGGAACUUUGCCUUUAGCAGGAAAAGCAGCCGUCCCCAGAGUGCUUUGGACGAGGGACAUACCCAGUCCUGUCUCUUCCCCUUAGAGGCUCCACAACACACUUCUCAUGCUGCUUUAAGUUUUUAGAGGCUAUACCUCAAAUUAGCUGUGGAUUUUGUCUCCUGCACUGCCAGUAUGCAACUAAUCCUGCUUUUGUUAAUUUUAUGGAGUACACAGAAUUUUUACUGAAUGUAGUAUUUUGAUAUCAUUAAGUAAACCAAUCAGAAAACUCCUUGAGCAAUAGUUUUGUUGUCAGUUUAAGUUAAAAUCAUCUUUACCCAUUGACUUAUGUUAACAUUCCUUUUAUAUAUAUAAAGAGUUGUAUACGUCCACCUAAAUUGUUAGGUCCACAUUUAGCCUUUAAAGAUGCACAUUGGGAGUUUAUUAAAAAAAUACAGUUUAUGGCUAUAAGAAUAUGUGAAGUGUAAAAGCACAGCAAAUUGCAUUGCACUUAAAACAUAAAGCGAAUCUAUUAGGAACAAGCACUUUUCUAAAUGCUCAAAUGUUAUCAAAAUAUUAUAUUUAUAGACGUGAUCCACUAUGAACAGCCAGGAUUUGCUAUUAGAAAUAACUCAAAAGUUUUAUAUUGUGCUUUGGGGAGGGCGGUUCUGAUCAUUUCAGCAGUAGUAUCAUUUAAACAGCAGUAUUACAUAGGCAGUGUGCUUCAGAAUGUGAAUUAACUUGUUGAAAUUGUGGCUUUAACACCUCUGUGAUUAGUGUGUAUGGUAUUUGCUCUCCAUUUGCAAAAUAAUUCAUUGUUAGAUUAACUUCACUAGUGCCAAUUGCAGGUCUGUGAGCAAUGUUUCCUAUUGAGUAUAAACUACUGUCUAAACUAUACAUAUCAGCAGCAGCUCAGCCUUUGUCAGGAAAAUUAUAUUUGGCAAGUUGCUGAAAAUGCACAAAGUUAUAAAAGUUAAAGGUAUGCUGCAAAUAACUAGCCAUUAUUCUGUGUAUUAUUAAAUAUUUAGCAGUUCUGUUCAAAGCAGAACAGAAAUUAGACACUAAGGAUCUUUGUGAAUUCUUUGUCCUCUAUAGUAGAUUGCUGUUUAUAUGUAUGUAAGAGUUUUAUUGCUUAUGUGGCAUAUAAUAUUUAUAACUAUAUACUUUAUAGAAGUACAGUAUUAAAAUCAGUGGUAUACAGAUAUUCUGUACAUAUCCAGUAAAACGUGCUGUCAUAUGAAAUAAAUAUACCUGUCUUUA